GAAAGCAAUCCAAAUCAAACCCAGAGAAGAAGGUUCAGAACCCUCACAAGAAUAGUCGCAAAUGUGUUCUGAUCGAUCAUGAAUUUAGGGUUUUCUAAUCAACUUUGAUCUUUACAGGUUUGAAAAGAGUGUUAGAGAACAAUGUCGAGACCAAUGUUACUUGUUUUCCUAUUCAUUGUAUUAAUAAUCACAUCACAGUUUGAGUGGAGACAACCACUUGUUGUCGAUGUUGACACGGCCCCGAGUGUAUCCCAGAAGCAGCAACAAAUUUCCAGGAGGGAAGAAGCUGUGAAAGAAAAGAUCAUCCUAUCACAAGAGAAGAAGAUUCAGAGGCUUAAUGAACUUGUGCGGAGUCUUGAACUGCAACUGUUGCAGUGCAGGGGAAAUAACAAGACUACAAAUCACACUGUAAGCCAUUUGACUGAACAUAUUCUUGAGCUUGAGAGGAAACAGAUCUUGGAGGACUAGGCUAUUACAUCUUAAAACAUAUGCUCUGAUUUCUGUGCAUUGAAGUUGUAAAAUCAUUGUUUAUCCAUGUAAGUGUAAGUUCGAAGUUACAUUUGUUGUAAGUUAUAUGUUUCUUUUUCCUCGUAUCCACUUCAUCUCUUUUGAAAGGAAUAGAUGAAGCUAUGCUUGGUUUAAAUCAUCCAUUUUACAAUCCAUAUUCCUUGCUAAGUGGCUGCUGUUAUUUGACUCAGCUACUUGGAAUCUAAUUUUCUGAUGUUUUAUAUGGUAUUAGAACUAUUACCACCUUUAGCUGAUUGAGAAUGAAAAAAAACCCUAUGAUGAGA